ACGCGGCGUCCCUAGCACCCGGCGCUCCCGGGAGCACUCGGCACUGGCGAAGGCCUCUUUUGCAGCGACAUGACCGAUGAUGACUCCGACAGCGUCCGCACCGAGUCCCAGGUCGGGGAGGAGAGCGACCUGCCGGUCAUCCAGCUGUGCGGGCUGGUGGAGGAGCUCAGCUAUGGAAACUCUGCUCUCAAAAUCGAGACAGAGAUGUUUGAGAAAUAUUACAAUAAAUUGGAGCCAAGGGAUCAGCGACAUCCACGAUUAUCAGAAAUUAAAAUAUCAGCAGCAGAAUUUUCACAGUUCCGAGGCCGGCGAAAAUCCAAAUCCCGCAUAGGUCUGACAAGCCUCACUGUUGACCAAAAAUGCGAGCUUGUACAGAGGGAGCUGGAAGACAUGAAGGAUGAGGUCAGGCACAUGCGGGCGAAUGCUGAGCGGGACCUGCAGCACCAUGAGGCUAUCAUUGAGGAAGCUGACAUUCGAUUGGCUGAAGUUCAGAAAGCAGUACAUGAUUUUGAAAAAGACAUUCUGAAAACCAUAUCCAAGAAGAAAGGAAGUAUUUUGGCCACUCAGAAAGUGAUGAAGUAUAUUGAGGACAUGAAUCGCCAGAGGGAUAGGAUGAAGGAUAAAUUACGUUUGAAAAAUGUUUCUCUCAAAGUCCAGAGGAAAAAACUUCUUUUGCAAUUGAGGCAGAAAGAAGAGGUGGGCGAGGCCCUCCAUGAUGUUGAUUUUCAGCAGCUGAAGAUCGAGAAUGCUCAGUUUUUAGAAACGAUUGAAGCAAGGAAUCAAGAACUGAUCCAGCUAAAGCUGGCAUCUGGAAACACCCUGCAGAUCCUCAGUGCGUACAAAAGCAAGCUUCACCAAGCAAUGGAAAUGUCCAUCAACCUGGACAGGGAGCUCUUGCUGAGAAAAGAGUUGCUUGAAAAAAUUGAAAGAGAAACCAUACAAGUAGAGGAGGACCGGGCCAAAGCCGAGGCCUCGAACAAGAAGUUCCGGAAGCAGCUGGCCGAGUUCCGGGCGCCGCAGGUGAUGGUGUAUGUCCAGGAGAAGAUACUAAAUGGGGAGCUGGAGAAGAACAUUAAGACGUGGGAAAGGAAAGUUGAGAUUGCAGAGAUGUCCUUAAAAGGCUACCGCAAGGCUUGGAAUAAAAUGAAAACAACCAAUGAGCAGUUGCAGGCAAUUUGCCCCCCUGGGAAAUAGCCAUUAAAGUAAUCAGCUCCUUUCCA